AUGAUCCUGAACCACUUCUAUCGCGACUAUUCCGAAGACUCCGGCAUUGCCUUUUUCAGCAUGUUGCCGGCCAUAUCUUCCGCAACCCCUGCCGAUUGCUUCCUCGACGCUUUGAAAGCCACAGCACUUGCCAGUUCCUCACGGCAGUUGACCCAAUGCGGACUCAUGGUGCAAGCCAGAAGCCACUAUGGAAGGGCAAUUAUGGGCCUCAACGAUGCCUUGAAGAACCCCACUGUGGGACAAGAUGACUCUGUGAUGGCCGCAUUGCUAUCGGUGCGCAGCCACAGAGCAGACUCGUGGAUACCGAGGCCACUUGCCACCCACAUUCUCGAGGCGCCCUGGCUCUUCUACAACAUAGAUCAUCCUUGA